UGUUUAGAGUCAAGACACAGGAAGAUCUAGCGAAGGAGAACAGUGUUACAGCAGCUUUCAAAACAAAAAUGAAACCAACUCACAUGUUAUAACCUAAUAUAUUUUUGAUGUAUAUAGAAAUGUAAGUAUCGAAAUUAUUUACAAACUACAAAACCAUCAACUAAAGAAAAGCUCCCGGAAGAGCAAAACCGUGCAGCGCGACCAAAGUUCGGAUCAGUAAAAAAAAAAUAAAAAAAAAUAUUAAACUAAACACUGAGCAACGUGCUGUGUUGCUAGUGAAAUGGGUUCAGAGAGCAGUGCUCUUAAGAGUUGCACUCUGGAAGAGCCCCUUCUGACACUGCCAUCUGGACUCACAAUCCACCCUGCUGUCUUAGAGGAUGGAAAGCUCGCCUCAGUCUUUGUAUACAAGCAGGAAAAUGAGGAUAAAGUCAAUAAAGCUGCCAAGCAUCUGAAAACUCUGCGCCACCCCUGCCUGCUGCGCUUCUUGUCCUGUACAGUUGUAGCUGACAGGAUCCACUUGGUGACGGAGCGUGUUCAGCCCCUGGAGCUGGUGCUUGAGAUCCUCUCUGCAGAAGAAAUCUGUGCCGGGAUCUACGACAUAUUACAAGCGCUAAUCUUCCUUCAUGACCGAGGAAAAUCAAGUCACAAUAAUGUGUGCAUCUCAUCAGUCUUUGUGAGUGAAGAUGGCCACUGGAAGCUUGGAGGAAUGGAGACAGUUUGCAAAUUCUCAGAAGCUUCACCUGAGUUCCUAACCAACAUUCGGACUGUGAGAGAACAAAAUGCUGUUCCACCUGAGGAAAAGGCUGAAGGCUUUAAGACUCUGCCGGACAAAAAUGGACAUGCUCGAGAUGCCUAUUCUUUUGCAAGAAUGGUGGAAGACUUUCUGUCAAUGCUGAGUGAUUAUGUUUCUGAAGAGCUGACAACAGGUUUCCAGUGCACCCUUCAGAGUAACUUUCUGAACCCAGAUCCUUCAGCUCGGUUACCCCUUUGCAGCCUGUUGUCCCAUGAAUUUUUCAGGAAUGAAUUCUUGGAAGUCAUGAACUUCCUGAAGAGCUUGACUUUAAAAACUGAAGAGGAAAAGAAUGAAUUUUUCAAAUUUCUCCUGGACAGAGUUCAGACACUGCCUGAGGAGCUGAUUGCUACUCGACUUGUCCAUAAGCUGUUGAAUCCGUUGGUAUUUGCAGAGCCUAUAGCAGUUAAAGGUUUCCUUCCUCAUCUCCUCUUGCCAAAGAAAGAUCCAGUUGGUAACAGCCAGGAUAGCCUCCUGUCAGUGUCUCUUUACCGUAAACAUGUAAUCCCCCAGCUGCUGAAACUCUUUAAAGUUCACGAGGAGCAUGUUAGGAUUGCGUUGCUAUCCCACAUUGAAUUAUAUGCUGAACUUUUUUCACAUGAUGACCUUAAGAACCAGAUACUACCUCAGGUGUUACUUGGCAUGAGAGACACUAAUGAUUGCCUUGUUGCUAUGAGCCUCCAGAGCUUGGCAGUUCUAGUACCCUUACUUGGUGCUGAGGUAGUAGUCGGUGGAGGAAGAACAAAGGUCUUCAAAAGUACAACACCCAGCUUCACCAAGUCAACAGAUGUCACACCUGAAAGCUCUCCAGUUCAUGUUAUUAAUAGCUUCAAAACACUGGUGUCCCAGCCAUCAAAAAACACCAGGAAGCUACAUUCAAAACCAUCUGAACCAAAAAAGCUAGUCCUGGGAAACGUGGCUUCCCUGGAGCAAACAGAGCAGUCUGCACAUCUUCAAGUGCAUGCUAAAACCGGUAGGAAACCUGAUAUGAAGUUGUUGUUAAACAGUUAUACUGACAAAAGUGCUGUUGGCAAGGAGGAUGUGCAAAAGAUUGCUAGGACUGUGGAAGAAUGGCCAGACUGGAGUGAUGCCGAAGAGACAGAGAAAGAGAAAAUUGUAGAAAUACAUGUUUGUUCUGAAGAAAGCCAGAUAAGAGGUAGCAACCAAAUCAGCGAAGCUGAACCUUGGGAUGACUUUGAAACUUAUAGCGAGGUUUCAGAAAAUACAGACAAUCUUUCUACUUUUACGUUAACAUUAGACGCAACAAGUGAAAUCGGCCAAUCUUCCGAACCCACAAGGCAGUCCAGUACCCUGAAGCUCAGUUCGGCACAAAAAACGAGAUCUGAGAACACACUAGAUUCCGGGACCAAUGGCUGGAACAAGAAUCAGGUUUCACCACUGGAGGCACAACAGCUCCCCAUAAAGCCACAUCUAGCAAAAAAAACUUCAGGUGCUGGUUUAGGAGAAGAAUUCACAAUAGACAUAAAAAAGAAGCCAGAGAAAGAUCCUGAACUGGACUUCUUUGCGGACAUGAUUCCAGAUAUUAAAUUGUCUUCUGCAGCGUUGUUGGUUAUACCUGAAAGGACAGCACCAGCAGAGAGUGAUACAUCACUAAACAUGCUUGCAUCAAAGUUUGCUGCUGAUUUGACUGAAACAGAUGCUGCAGGAUGGGGAGACCAUGAUGACCUAAACUGGGAAGAUGAGAACAACUGGUGAGAGUAUGUACGCCAUACAGUACAUGAAGUCCUACUCAGAGCCACAACAUUGCACUUUAAGACAUACCGCUUCAUAAUGCUUACAGUUGCAAUUCUUUCACUCACUGAGCUGCUGCUGCACACGGGCCAUGUUAGUGCACAGUAACAGAUAAUCUUUCCAUAGAAAGAAAGCGUCUCAUUUCUCUUUGUUAAUAUCAGGAACUUAAAUCUCAAGAUGGAUUUGAUAGUGAGUGUAUUAAGUUUUAGGCCAAAUUGUAAUGUUUUUAAAGUGCUCACUUUUUUUAAUUAAUAUAAUCUGUGCCAGACAGGUCUGUUGACCCAUUGAGUCUGAUCACUUUAAAUUUGGAUAUUUAUCUACUGAAAAUAGGAUAAAGACAAUUCAACAAUAUCUAAUGUUGGUGGCUUUUAGGGUGUUUCAAAAUGGUAAUGCUGGAGUGGAACUUUAGAACCAGUGGUGAAAAAAGAGCUAUUAUUGUAACAUAGUUAUGUAUGAGCUUUAUGUUUUUUGUGCCAUAUUAUUUCAUUUGCAUUAAUCAUAGAACAAGCUCUAGUGAAAAAAAGAAUGACUGUAUAUUUUUAACUUGGAGAGAUGUCCCUCUAUAAUUUAUUCAUGUUUACUGUUGAUGGAAUAAAUGAUUCUACCUUUGAAUUGAUGUGGAACUAAAAAAACAAAUGCUUGCUAUUUAAAGAUUGUAUAUAGAAUAGGUCCAUUCAACUUUUUUUUUACAGUUCUGUCCUUUUUGUGAGCGGGUUCAAAAUAAUAAUUUUUUUGUUAAAACUGGGUAUGAAAAGCCCCUAAAACUAUUUCAUACAUACUUUAAACUUAAAUGGUUAAACUUGCCAUCAGUUCUUCUUACUGGGAACCAUGCUUUUAUUUCUGUAGUAAACUGAUUAAUAAUGUUAGCUCCCCUACAAUACAGCAACUGGUUUCCAACCACGUAAACAGUAUUAGUAUCCACUACAAUAUCAUUCUAGGAUUUGUUCCCUGACAUUUGUAAUUAUUAUUAAAAAAAGAAAAAAAAAACAAGCAGCACAACAUAAUAAUCUAAUCAUACAGUGUACCAAGAAAAAAAUACACGUUUUAGAUGCAACUGUUAAACAAGAG